AUGUUGACUCUACCUCCAUUCUCUUUCCCCUACUCUGCCAGAUUCCCAGCCCUUGUUUUCUCAGCCCUGACGUAUCUGACAAUAAUCUGUUGCAAUCUGAUGGUCGUUGUGACUAUUGCUGUAAACCAUAACCUGCACAAGCCAAUGUAUUUGCUACUGAUUAACUUACCCAUUUGUGAUAUGAUAGGGGCUUCUGCCUUCUUUCCUCAACUAAUGUCCAGCAUUCUGUAUCACACCAGAGUCAUUCCAUAUUGGGGGUGUGUGCUACAGACUCUGUUUGCGCAUCUGUACGGUGGUGGCUCGCUUCUCAUUCUGACAGCCAUGGCCCUCGAUCGUUAUCUUGCCAUCUGUAUGCCGCUGUCUUACAACACCAUCAUGAGCAACAGUAACCUCGUUAAGAUCAUAAGCACCGUUUGGCUCUUUGACAUUGCUGUCAUACUGGUUGUGAUUGGACUUCUGCUCAGAUUGACCAUUUGCAGGAGCCACGUCGGUGACAUGUACUGCACAAACCCCGCUGUGAUGAAACUAGCCUGCGGUAGCACGCAUGUGAAUAACCUGUAUGGCUUGUUCACCUUGGUGUUUUUCCAGGGAGUGUCCUUGAGUGUAGUCGUGUUCACCUAUCUGCAGAUCCUCAUCACUUGUGUUUUUAAGAAGCAGUCGGAUGCCAGGAGCAAAGCUAUUCAGACGUGUGGCGCUCAUUUGGUUGUUUUUUUGUUCCUGGAGUGCAACGCAUUUUUCACUUUGAUUGCGCAUCGUUUUGAAAACGCGCCCAUUUUCUUACGGAGGGCACUGGGAGUGUCAGUUAUGAUAUUUCCCCCUUUACUAAAUCCACUGAUAUAUAGUUUUAACACAAAAGAUAUCAGAAGACACAUACUGAUAUUCCUCAGAAGAAAAACGUUUCCAUCCUAA